UGAUCUGUAAUUAUCUAGAUAAAGGAGGAAAUAGGAUAUAAUAACUCAUUAGUUAGGUCAUUAUAACCCGGAAAUGAAGGUUAAAAUAACAUAAAUGCUGGUUGAACAUAAAUAGGAUCAACCCAAGGGUUCUGGUGACCCAGCAUGUGGGCGGGGUUACAAUCAGCCCAACUCUGGGUGCUUGACCCAAACAGCCCAGUGCUGGGUGCCACUGAGGCUGGGGUCAAACCCAGAGCUGAUGGAUGAGCGGUUUGCGGUUUUUCCUGACGUUCUGACGGAAGUCACGUGAGGUCAAACGACUUGUUACGCAGCAACAAGUUACAAAUCCGAGAGGGUGGCCGUGUUUGCUCAAUAGGAAGUUGCUUCAGAUCUCCACUAUUCAACCACGGAGUUCACUACCGAGAGGACCCUGAUGAGCCUGCAGCUCAGGUCGAGGACAUGUCGCGGCUCCUGCAGCUGAUCUGGACUGGGCUCUACCUGCAGGUGACGACGGGCUACCCAUCAUGCUCUCUGAUGGGACAAAAGGCAAGAUGCUCAUUCCAGAGACACCGCUGGGUUCCAGUGCUGCCCCCCACCAUCACUCACCUAUUUCUGGAUGGAAAUCACAUCAGUGAGAUCAACAGCACCUCUCUGAGAGACUUCCCGGAGCUCCAGUAUUUAGACCUGGCCGAGCAGAAAGCGGUCCUCGUCAUCAGGAACGACUCUUUCCUCAGGCAGAGGAACCUGGUGCAGUUGGAGCUCGGCUUUAAUCGUGGCCUCACGCUGGAGCCGAGGGCGUUUGACGGACUGUCCCGUUUACAAGUCCUCUUUCUGUAUUACUGCAGCCUGACGGACUCGAUACUGUCGGGAGCCUAUCUGGAGCCACUGGUGUCCCUGGAGGAGCUGGACCUUUACGGGAACAACAUAGGAAAACUCCAGCCGGCUCUGUUCUUCCAGAAUCUCACUAAGCUGACAAAGCUUAACCUGAAACUGAAUCACAUUGAGAGAAUAUGCGAGGAGGACGUCGUCGGCUUUGAAGGGAAGAAUUUCACGAUGAUGAGCUUAAACUCGAACUCGCUCUCCAACUUUGACGCUGAAUGGGGGAGUUGUGGAAACCCCUUCAAAGGGAUGGCCUUCCGGUUCCUCGACCUCUCCACCAACGGACUGAAUGCCCAGAAAACCAAACAAUUUUUCAAUGCAAUCCAAGGAACUCCGAUUCAUCACCUUAAGUACGGUGGAAUUAUCGGCAAAGGCUUUUCCCACAACAACACCCCGGAUCCGGACAGAAGCACAUUCCAGGGCCUCGGCAACAGUUUGGUUGUGACUUUAGAUCUCUCAGACAACUGGAUCUUUGCUUUGGAGAGUGGCGUCUUCAGUGCUUUCAAAGAUUUAACGUUCAUCGACGUCUCCAAAAACAAAAUAAAUCAGAUCAAGAUCAACGCCUUCAGUGGUCUUCAGAGACAUUUAAAGGAGCUCGACCUGUCCUCUAACCUGUUAGGAGAAAUCUUUGCCCACACAUUCAGCAGUCUGACGGAGCUUCUCCUGUUGGACCUGUCGUACAACCACAUUGGCAAGUUGGGCCACAACGCCUUCGAGGGGCUCCCCAACUUACGGCAUUUAUACCUGACCGGGAACUCGCUGCGACAGCUGGGAUCUGUGGCGUCACUUCCGAGCUUGAACACUCUCUGGCUGCAGGACAAUCGGCUGAACUCCAUCAGCGCAGACAUCAGUCUGGUUAUGAACAGCACCGUGGUAGAUCUUUCAGAUAACAGGUUGACAAACAUGGAGGACGUCUAUGUCAUUCUGACUCAGUUAAAGCAUCUCCAGUUUUUGUUUUUUGGUGGUAACUUGUUCAAGUGGUGCACCAUCAAUCAGGGACAAGGAAUGCCUGAUAAUAAUAGUUUGAAGUUUCUGGACCUUCAUGGAAGUUCCCUACAGCCUAUUUGGGAACAGCGGACAUGUCUUGACAUCUUUGAUCGCCUGAGCAAUCUGCUCUAUCUAAAUUUAAGUCUGAAUUCAUUAAUGGCUCUUCCUCAGGGGAUCUUCAGAGGUCUCAGCUCCAUUUCAGAGCUCGACCUUUCUUCUAAUGCUUUGACUUAUCUACAGACAGAUGUUUUCCCACCCAGCCUGGAGACUCUCCACCUCUCAAACAACUUCCUAGUCUCUCCUGAUCCCAACUGUUUCCGGUCGCUCCGCUACCUCAGCCUGUCAGCCAAUCGCUUCUACUGUGACUGCACCCUGUGGGACUUCCUGGAGUGGCUGAACUCGAGCAACGUCAUCUUAGGGAGCCCCGUGCAGGAGUACAAAUGUGAGUUUCCAGCUGCUGUCCACAACCUUCCCCUGGUGGAGUAUGCCAUGAUCAUCGAACCCUGUGAGGAAGACGAUGAAAAGGAUGUUCAGGAUCUUCGCUUUGCUCUUUUCACCUUCUCUGCUAUCCUCAUCCUGUCCGUCACACUCAGCGGGGUCAUUUACGCCCGCCUGAGAGGUCACAUCUUCAUCACCUACAAAAAGCUUGUCAGCAGGUUCCUCGAGGGUCCAAAGAUGAGCCCUAACGAGAACAACCAGAAGUACGAUGCCUUUGUCUGCUUCAGCAUCGGCGACUACCGGUGGGUGGAGGCCGCUUUGCUGGAGAAGCUGGACAACCAGUUUUCAGAGGAAAAUCUCUUCCGCUGUUGUUUUGAGGCCAGAGACUUCCUGCCUGGUGAGGACCAUCUGUCCAACAUCAGAGACGCCAUCUGGAGCAGCAGGAAGACCUUGUGUGUCGUCUCCAAGAGGUUCCUUACAGAUGGUUGGUGUCUGGAGGCCUUCAGCCUGGCCCAGGGCCGCAUGCUGGAGGAGCUGAAACACCUCCUGAUCAUGGUGGUGGUUGGGAAGGUGGCUCACUACCAGCUCAUGAAGUGUGACGCUAUCAGAUCUUUUGUCCAGAAGAGGAGGUACUUCACCUGGCCAGAGGACCCUCAGGACCUGGCCUGGUUUCAUGAGCAGCUCAUCUCACAGAUCCUCAAAGAUGCCCGCCUGAAAGAAGAGGCGGUGGUUCUGGAGCCGGAUCACCGACCCGAACCAGACAAAGGGAUCGCGUUGGAAAUUGUAAACGCCACCUGAACUAACUUUCUACAGAAGAAACAUCCCGAUAAUGUGACUUUUGCCUAAUGAGAUGAUGUAAAUAUUGGAAAUUUGAUGAAUUUUUUGUCUUUUUUAAUUUCCUGUUUAAACAGAACGUGUGGGAAUAAACUCCAGUGGGUUAGGAGGCUUCAGAAUGCAAAGAUGACAUAACACACCCACAGUAGACCAUGUGACCCUUUCAGCCACUAGAUGGGGACAGCUGCAAACGAAAUCCCUUUUUUCUUUUGCACGUCUGUAACCACGUGUUCUGUAUGAAUCAGAAAGCUUUUCUUCUAAAUAAGGUCAGCGAUUCUCCAGAUGAGACGGAGUUCAGCCAGUUUCCUUCCCCUGCAGCUGGAAACAGGAAGCCACUGGGUGGAUGGAAGGUUCCGGCCCUUCGGCCCCCGCUGCCUGGAUCCUCUCAGCCUUUAUGAGCCAGCUGCUCCCAGCAUUAACAGAGUCAACAGACCAGAGCUACUUAAACAGGACAGUCCAUCAAGCUGAACACAUGGUAAUGUUGAUCAGCAGCGGCAGCCAUCUUUCAUUUGGCUGACUGAGUGGUGGACGAACCUCUAAUGACGGCAGAAAUACUAAACUUUAUUUUGAUGUUUUAUAUGUUAAAGUUACUAAAGUUUUCUAUGAAAAGCAAACGUAACACUGAUGUGGAGUUUCCAUGUUAAUCCACCACUGAUGAGCAAAUGCACUGAGACCAUGUUUUAAUGAUUAUUUCUGAUUAUAAUCAGUUUUCAUGCAGGCUGAACAUUAAAAUAGUCUCCUACACCCA